AUGGCAGAUGGGCACGAAGAUCCGGAGGGCUUCCAGGAUGACAUGCUUCCUGAGGACGAGGAAGUGCCUCCCAACGGCGAUGGGGAGGACGAGGACGAAGGAGAAGACUUGCUUGGGGAGAAUAUGAUGGAUGACUACCAGCACCGGCCAGAGCUGGACCACUACGAUGAGGACAUGCUUGAUGACGGGCCGCAUGAGCCCUUGACUAUGGCCGCGCGACUGGCCGCAGAGCGGGAGAUGGCUGCGCGAGAUCGCAGAGAAGGCCGUCCUGCUGCUGGCAGGUCACCUUUGGGCCAAGCGGCAGGCACACCACGACCAAGACGUCCGAGUCAAAUGGAGACGCCCUUCAAGCAGCGCUUGCAAAACUUGACUCCGAGUCCUAACAAAACUCCUGGAUCAGACUUGGAUGCCUCGGGCACAUCUAGCAAGAAAAGAAAGCGCCCGACUGACUACUUUGAACAGGAAGAACCAGACGAAGACGUGCCCGAGAGUCAGUACGACCUCAACCAGGAAAGGCUGAGCCCAGGGGUGGAUGUUGAGAAGCGCCUGGCAGACAAGAUCCGCCUCUCCUUCCAGCAGUUCUUAAUCAAGUUCACGCCAGAAGGGCAGAAUGCCCCCAAAUAUCCGGAUGCGCUCAAGAAAAUGGCCGAAGAGUAUCGCGCUCACUUGGAAGUGAGCUUCCAGCACUUGCAGCAAUGGUCUGGUCCACUGGCCAUGUGGCUCUAUGAUUCUCCCAAGCAGAUCCUGCCACUUCUGAAUGAGACGCUGAUGCUUCAUGCAGCCCGAAAGUACCAGACAUACACCAGGAUCGCUGAUCAUGGUGAGAAUGAGCUGCGGGUUGCCAUCAGCGGGUUCCCUGUGAAAGACACCAUCCGUGGGCUCGCCUCUCGCCACACCAACAAGCUUGUCCAGGUGAAGGGCGUCGUCACGAAGCGCACGAAUGUGUUCAACCAAGUGAAGCGCCUCUGGGUGCGCUGUGCCAAAUGCAAUUUCGCUAUCGGACCUCUGGAUGUGGCCGAAGAGACGGACUUGCGCCCAUCAAAAUGUCUCGAGUGCCAAUCGAAGGGUCCUUGGCGUGUGGACCGCCAGCAGACCAUCUACCAGAACUAUCAGAAGAUCACGCUGCAGGAGAGCCCAAGUGCAGUGGAUCCGGGCAAGAUGCCCCGGUCGAGAGAAGUGGUCCUGACGGGAGAUAUGGUAGACUCGGUCCGUCCAGGAGACGAGCUGGAGGUAACCGGCAUCUACCGGUGCCUUCAUGAUGUUGCCACCAAUGCGCGAACGUGCUUCCCGGUCUACCGAACGGACAUCUUUGCUGUCCACGUGGCUCGCAAGGGCGACUUGAGGCUGGUAGAGAUCUCAGAUGACCAGCAAAACCAAAUCUUGGAGCUGGCAAAGAGUCCGAACUUCCGGGAGAGGUUCAUCGCCUCAAUGGCACCGUCCAUCUACGGCAUGUGGCACGUGAAGACGGCCAUCGCCUUGAGCAUCAUGGGCGGCAGGCCGAAGGAGGUCGCUGGCAAGCACCGCAUUCGUGGAGACAUCAACACGCUCAUCGUCGGCGAUCCAGGCUUGGGGAAGAGCCAAUUCCUCAAGUACGUGGAGCAGAUCUUCCCUCGGGCGGUGUACACAACAGGCAAAGGAGCCAGCGCAGUGGGCUUAACUGCCGCUGUGACCCGCGAUGAGAUGGGUCAGUGGUGUCUGGAAGGUGGAGCCAUGGUCUUGGCGGAUGACGGCAUGUGCCUGAUCGAUGAGUUCGACAAAAUGAACGACCAAGAUCGGACUUCCUUACACGAAGCCAUGGAGCAGCAGUCCAUCUCGAUCUCCAAGGCUGGCAUCGUGGCCACGCUGCAGGCGCGCUGUGCCGUGGUGGCUGUGGCAAAUCCCACCGAAGGUCGCUAUGACCCUCAGCGGACGUUCUCCCAGAACGUCAACUUGAGCGACCCAAUUCUCAGCCGUUUCGAUCUCACCUGCGUGCUGCGAGACGAGGCUGACCCGGUGCAGGACGAGAUGCUGGCAGACCAUGUGGUCUGCAGCCACAUCCGAUCGCACCCAGAUGCCACGUCCGAGGAGAAGAACAAGAAGCCGCGGCUGCAGCACCAGCAGAUGCAUGCACAGCCAAUCAGCCAGGACCUCCUCAAAAAGUUUAUCGUCCAUGCUCGUCAGCAAGUGUCGCCGAAAAUGGGCGACGUUGAUGCCGAAAAGCUUGCGGCCUUCUACUCUGAGCUGAGGGCAGAGGCCUCCCGAACUGGGGGCGUGCCCAUGACAGCACGACACAUGGACAGCCUCAUCCGACUGGCAGAGGCCAAUGCUCGCAUCGAGCUCCGGCAGCACGUGACUUCCGCGGACAUCGACAAUGCAAUCGCCGUGAUGCUGGAGUCCUUCAUCCAAAGUCAGAAGCACCAGGUCGCGGAAGAGAUCCGCAAGAAGUUCCGGCGGUACCUGACCAGCGGCCCGUUGGGAGACCAGGUGUGUGCCCUCCUGGAGAAGCUCUUCAAGCAGAAGGUGAUCCAGCUUCAGCUCAGUCGGCCGACAAAGGAUGUGGAGCUUGCGGAGGUCUUCCUUGAGAUGCCCGAGGUUAUUCGUGCUCUUGAACACAAUGGCCUCUCGGUCGAGGAUGCCAGCAGCUUCAUGAGCUCGCACCGCGUGGCCCAGAACUUCCGUCUCGAAGGGGAGAGGCUUUAUCGAGUCCUCUAA